CCAUUUUAGAGCUGCAUCUCUCUUUAUUCAUGUUUGUGUGAGAAUUCGUUGAACUUGGACAACGUUUAUCGCUAAGAAGUGCUGAUAAUAACGUUUUUAUUUGAAUCAUUACUCCUAAUCUAGGCAAUAGAAAUUAUUACUAAAAAAUGGCUUGGACUAGGUACCAGCUGAUGUUAGCCUUUGUAAUGGUUACAACAGGAAGUAUUAAUUCAAUCACCACAAAAUGGGCUGAUUUGUUAGAAUCGAAAGGACGGGAUGGUGUAGUAAGACCUUUUGAUCACCCCUUUGUCCAAGCUUUAUCAAUGUUCUUCGGGGAAUUCCUUUGCUUGGUUAUGUUCAACAUCCUUUAUAAAGUUUAUAGUCGAAGGAGAGAUGGCUCAGAAGAUGUUCAUGUUUUAACGAAAGGAAAUAGACACUUUAAUCGCUUCAUCCUAUUAAUUCCUGCUAUGUGUGAUAUGACAGCAACUUCAAUUAUGUAUAUAGGACUUAAUUUAACUUAUGUAUCAAGUUUUCAAAUGCUUAGAGGUUCCGUUAUAAUCUUUGUGGCGUUAUUAAGUGUGACUUUUUUGGAUAAAGUAAUUAAAAGGCGACAAUGGAGUGGAAUUUUUUUGAUUAUUUUGGGGUUGGUUAUUGUUGCAAUGACGGAUAUUAUUUAUAAGGAUAUGUCUGGGCCUAGUUUUGGACCUAACAGUAUUAUUACUGGUGAUUUAUUGAUUGUUUUUGCUCAAAUUAUUACUUCUAUACAAAUGGUUAUCGAGGAAAAGUUUGUUCAUGGCUUGGAUAUUCCUCCGCUUCAAGCUGUUGGAUGGGAAGGAGUAUUUGGUUUUUUGGUUUUGGGACUUCUCCAAAUCCCGUUCUAUUUCAUUUACGUUGGACAUCCUUUCAGUAACAACUCUCGGGGUGUUCUUGAAGAUGUAAUUGAUGCUUUUGUGCAAAUUAAUAACAACCCACUUUUACUUUUAGCAAUUCUAGGAACAAUUUUGUCAAUUGCCUUCUUUAACUUUGCUGGAAUCAGUGUCACGAAAGAAAUGUCAGCAACGCAUCGAAUGGUCCUCGAUAGUGUUCGAACCAUCGUUAUAUGGAUGAUUAGUUUAUUUUUGUUCCAUCAAAAGUUUCAUUGGCUCCAGUUGGUGGGUUUCGUAUCUCUCUUAAUUGGAAUGUUUAUUUACAACGGAUUAACAUUAACCAUGGUUUAUGUAAAAGCACGCUCGAUAUUGAUUGGAUUAAGAUAUUCGAGAGUCAAUGGUGAGGAUGUUAAGAACUUGGCUGCUGAUGAACCAGGAGAGAGCAGUAAUCCUUAACUUUGAGAUCAAAGUUAAAGGAUAAAGUUAUUUUUUUAUUUUGUAAAUAUUUAAAAGUAAAAGUAAGUAGAGGUAACGUUUAAAAUUAUUAUAAUUAUAAAGAAAGUUAAGCAUGUAUUAAGAAAAAUCUAAAAGUUGAAUCUAUUCCUAAAACUGACUGUUAUCUUAUUGAAAUGGGUAAAUAAAUUUUUUGACAGUA